AUGGAGCCCUCGGCCACCCCGGGGGCCCAGUCGGGGGUCCCCAAUGGCAGCAGGGAACCCUCCCCGGUGCCUCCCGACUAUGAAGACGAGCUUCUCAGCUAUCUGUGGCGCGAUUACCUGUUCCCGAAGCAAUACGAGUGGGUGCUCAUCGCAGCCUACAUGGCUGUGUUCCUCGUGGCCCUGGUGGGCAACACGCUGGUCUGCCUGGCCGUGUGGCGCAACCACCACAUGAGGACCGUCACCAACUACUUCAUCGUCAACCUGUCCCUGGCGGACGUGCUGGUGACGGCCAUCUGCCUGCCAGCCAGCCUGCUGGUGGACAUCACCGAGUCCUGGCUCUUCGGCCAUGCCCUCUGCAAGGUCAUCCCUUACCUACAGGCCGUGUCUGUGUCCGUGGCAGUGCUAACCCUCAGCUUCAUCGCCCUGGACCGCUGGUAUGCCAUCUGCCACCCGCUGUUGUUCAAGAGCACGGCCCGGCGUGCCCGUGGCUCCAUCCUGGGCAUCUGGGCUGUGUCGCUGGCUGUCAUGGUGCCCCAGGCUGCCGUCAUGGAAUGCAGCAGUGUGCUGCCCGAGCUCGCCAACCGCACCCGGCUCUUCUCUGUCUGCGAUGAGCGCUGGGCAGAUGACCUCUAUCCCAAGAUCUACCACAGUUGCUUCUUCGUUGUCACCUACCUGGCCCCGCUGGGCCUCAUGGCCAUGGCCUAUUUCCAGAUCUUCCGCAAGCUCUGGGGUCGCCAGAUCCCGGGCACCACGUCAGCCCUGGUGAGGAACUGGAAGCGGCCCUCAGACCAGUCGGAGGAGCAGGGCCAGGGCCUGGGCGCAGAGCCCCAGCCCCGGGCCCGGGCCUUCCUGGCUGAGGUGAAGCAGAUGCGCGCUCGGAGGAAGACAGCCAAGAUGCUGAUGGUGGUGCUGCUGGUCUUUGCCCUCUGCUACCUGCCCAUCAGUGUCCUCAAUGUCCUCAAGAGGGUGUUCGGGAUGUUCCACCACGCCAGCGACCGCGAGGCCGUCUACGCCUGCUUCACCUUCUCCCACUGGCUGGUGUACGCCAACAGCGCGGCCAACCCCAUCAUCUACAACUUCCUCAGCGGCAAAUUCCGGGAGCAGUUCAAAGCUGCCUUCUCCUGCUGCCUGCCCAGCCUGGGUCCCUGCGGCUCUCUGAGGACCCCCAGCCCCCGCUCCUCUGCCAGGCACAAAUCCUUGUCCUUGCAGAGCCGAUGUUCCGUCUCCAAAGUCUCCGAGCACGUGGUGGUCACCAGCGUCACCACGGUGCUGCCCUGAGCGAGGCUACCCACCCUGGUGGCUCCAGGGGGUGCAACCCGUUCCCAGCCUGGACUGCUCCUCUGGCUCCUGAGGGACCAGCCCUGACUGCUUGUGGACGCAGUGCGAGGCCAGGGCUCCAGUCCUGGUUUUCUACCUGUUUGACUCUGAGCAAGUAACACCCCUUCUCUGAGCUGUGUCCCCUAAACAGGAUUGAUGUGAGGAUUAAGCAUGCUCAAGAAAGUGGAAAGCUCUCUGUAAAUUGUAGUGUCGUGGACAAG